AUGGUGCAAACGUACCAAAGUCCUGUACGAGUCUACAAAUAUCCCUUCGAGAUUGUCAUGGCGGCUUACGAAAAACGCUUCCCCACGUGCCCUCAAAUACCAAUCUUUGUCGGCUCGGAAAUUGUUGAACACAUCAAAAGUGAUGAUGGCGCCAUCGAGAUAAUCGAGAGAAAGUGCCAGCUCAACAUCGAGGCGCCGUACUUAGUAAAGAAGGUAGCCGGGGUCGACUACGUGUAUUUUACGCAGAAGAACAGCCUCGAUCGACGAGAGAGAAAGCUCCUGAUUGAGGCCACCAACAUCUCGUUCUCCUCUCGACUUGUCGUGAAGGAAGAUUGCAAUUACUACGUGCAUCCGGAUAAUGCGGAAUGGACGUGCUUUGAGCAGUCGGCAUCCCUCGAUGUCAAGCAUUUUUUCGGGUUCGAAAACGCAGUGGAAAAGCUAGCAGUGAAGCAAUACGCUGCAAAUUUAGCAAAGGGAAAAGAAGUGCUCGAAUUUUUCAUCGAGGAACUGCUGAAGUCCGGCGUCACGCAUAUUCCACCUUUCGAGGAAUCUGAGAAGAAAUCGGGUGAGGACGGCAAUGCAGACGCGGUCAGCGUAGGGGAUAGCGCCAUCGAUGUGUCUAAGGAGAAAGAUGAAGAAGAAGGAAAGGCGACAGUCCGCCGUAACUCGAGGGCCAACGCCUUCAAGAACGGACGUGCCAACAGUUUGGAGGAUUCGGAAGCGAAGCUCGAGGCCGAAUACAUUCGUCGCUUCCUCGGCCAGUUGAGUCCACUCGAGGAGUCGCGCCUAUGUGAAUUGAAGUAUGGGCUGCAGGCAUCGCAUAAGGGAAAACUGCCAAACGACGCCCACCUGCUGCGCUUUCUUCGUGCCCGCGAUUUUGAUGUGAACAAGGCGAAGGAGAUGGUCCUCAACAGCUUGCUCUGGCGAAAGCAACACGGCGUUGAUAAGAUUUUACAGGAUUGGACCCGGCCCUCAAUCAUGCAGCAAUUUUUCGCCGGAGCGUGGCACUUUCAAGAUUUGAAGGGACGACCGCUUUUCGUGCUCCGUCUCGGUGCCCUCGACAUCAAGGGACUGCUUCGGGCUUGCGGACUGGAGGCCAUCGUCAAGCUAACGCUCUCGAUUUGCGAAGAAGGGCUAGCGAAAUGUGCAGAGGCAACCAAAAAUUUGGGCGCGCCGAUUAGCACCUGGAGCCUGUUGGUUGAUCUCGAGGGCCUCUCGAUGCGUCAUCUUUGGCGACCUGGUGUCCAAUGUCUGCUUCGAUUGAUCGAGAUUGUCGAGGCGCACUAUCCCGAGACGCUGGGCCAAGUACUAGUGGUCCGUGCUCCGCGGAUGUUCCCGGUCCUUUGGACGCUAAUCUCGCCUUUCAUCGACGAGCGCACACGGCAGAAAUUCAUGAUCAACAGCGGCGAAAACCUGCUGAACGAGCUGAAGAAGUACAUUGACGAGCAGUAUUUGCCGGAUUUCCUAGGCGGCGUGUCGAUCGUGGACUGUGGCAGCGGUGGGCACGUGCCGAAGAAUCUCUACCAACCCGUGGAUUACGAAGCCAAAGAUGAAGAAGAUGUCUUAGCCUCCAACUACACAAAGGGCACAAUCUCAAAGGGCGCGCCUAUUGAAGCAUGCAUCCUUGUCUCUUCAGCUGGUUGUGUCCUCACAUGGGAUUUCGACUUGAUCAAGUCGGAUUGCGAGUUUCUCGUUUACCAUACCAGCAAGCUUAUCAGCGAGCCCGUCCACCCUCACUCACCAACGGUCCUGCACCCUGUUGACAUGAUCGCUGCGGCCAUUGAUAGCGCCCCACAGAAGGAUGUCUACUCGGACCCGUCUUUGACACUCGGCGUCGACUUGACGAUUGAAGAGAAGGCAACGUUGUACAUCGAAGGUGACAGUAUACAGGGUUCGCACUGCUGCGCAAAGAGCGGCACGUAUAUUUUGCAAUGGCGCGUCCCUCAGGCCCAGGCGGAGCCGCACUCAUCAUUCGACUUCUCGUUGACCGGCCCAAAAUGCAAGCUGAUGUACUACCAUGAAGUGCUCGAUUCGAAGGACUUCCGUGGAUCGAUGGCGUCGUUGGAAUCGUGUCGCUCUUCAUUUUCGUCGAUCGCCCAGCCCGCUUCUUCCCCGUCCACACCGGCCGUGAAACACGACUCU